AUGGCCCGCUCAUCUCUGCCCACCCUACCCUUGGGCCCCCAUUGCCUACGCCCCUUCACCCGGGAGUCCCUGGCAGCCAUAGAACAGCGGGCAGUGGAGGAGGAGGCCCGGCUGCUGCGGAAUAAACAGAUGGAGAUUGAGGAUCCCGAACAGAAGCCUCGAAGUGACCUGGAGGCCGGCAAGAACCUGCCCCUUAUCUUUGGGGACCCCCCACCAGAAGUCAUCGGCAUUCCUCUGGAGGACAUAGACCCCUACUACAAUGACAAGAAGACCUUCAUCGUGCUCAACAAGGGCAAGUCCAUCUUCCGCUUCUCUGCCACGCCUGCCCUCUACAUGCUGAGCCCAUUCAGCAUCAUCAGGCGGAGUGCCAUCAAGGUGCUCAUCCACUCGCUGUUCAGCAUGUUCAUCAUGAUCACCAUCUUGACCAACUGUGUGUUCAUGACCAUGAGCGACCCACCUCCCUGGUCCAAGAAUGUGGAGUACACCUUCACAGGGAUCUAUACCUUUGAGUCCCUCAUCAAGAUGCUGGCCCGAGGCUUCUGCAUCGACAACUUCACAUUCCUCCGAGACCCCUGGAACUGGCUGGACUUCAGUGUCAUCCUGAUGGCGUAUGUGACAGAGUUUGUGGACUUGGGAAACAUCUCAGCCCUGAGGACCUUCCGGGUGCUUCGAGCCCUAAAAACCAUCACGGUCAUCCCAGGGCUGAAGACAAUUGUGGGGGCCCUGAUCCAGUCGGUGAAAAAGCUAUCGGAUGUGAUGAUCCUCACUGUCUUCUGUCUGAGCGUCUUUGCCCUGGUGGGGCUGCAGCUCUUCAUGGGAAACCUUAGGCAGAAGUGCAUCCGCUGGCCCCCUCCCUUCAAUGAUACCAAGGCCACAUGGUCUGGCAACGACACGUGGUAUGGCAACGACACGUGGUAUGGCAACGACACGUGGAGCCACAUGAGCUGGGCCAACAACUAUACCUUUGAUUGGGAUGCCUAUAUCAAUGAUGAAGGGAACUACUAUUUCCUGGAGGGUGCCAAUGAUGCUCUGCUCUGUGGGAACAGCAGUGAUGCUGGGCACUGUCCCGAGGGUUAUGAGUGCAUGAAGGCCGGGCGCAACCCCAACUAUGGCUACACCAGCUACGACACCUUCAGCUGGGCCUUCCUGGCUCUCUUCCGCCUCAUGACACAGGAUUACUGGGAGAACCUCUUCCAGCUGACUCUUCGAGCAGCCGGCAAGACCUACAUGAUCUUCUUCGUGGUCAUCAUCUUUCUGGGCUCCUUCUAUCUCAUCAAUCUGAUCCUGGCAGUAGUGGCCAUGGCGUAUGCUGAGCAGAAUGAGGCCACCUUGGCUGAAGAUCAGGAGAAAGAGGAGGAGUUUCAGCAGAUGCUUGAGAAAUUCAAAAAACAACAGGAGGAGCUGGAGAAGGCCAAGGCUGCCCAGGCUCUGGAAGGUGGGGAGGCAGAUGGAGACCCAGCCCACCGUAAAGACUGCAAUGGCAGCCUGGACACAUCUGGGGAGAAGGGGCCCCCAAGGCUGAGCUGCAGUGCAGACAGUGCCAUCUCAGAUGCUAUGGAGGAGCUGGAAGAGGCCCACCAGAAGUGCCCACCGUGGUGGUACAAGUGUGCGCACAAAGUGCUCAUAUGGAACUGCUGCACACCAUGGGUGAAGUUCAAACAUAUCAUCUACCUGAUUGUCAUGGACCCCUUCGUGGACCUGGGCAUCACCAUCUGCAUCGUGCUCAACACCCUCUUCAUGGCCAUGGAGCAUUACCCCAUGACCGAGCACUUUGACAACGUGCUCUCCGUGGGCAAUCUGGUCUUCACGGGCAUCUUUACAGCCGAGAUGGUGCUGAAGCUGAUCGCCUUGGACCCCUAUGAGUAUUUCCAGCAGGGCUGGAACAUCUUCGACAGUAUCAUUGUCACCCUCAGCCUGGUGGAGCUGGGCCUGGCCAACGUGCAGGGACUGUCUGUGCUCCGCUCCUUCCGUCUGCUGCGAGUCUUCAAACUGGCUAAGUCAUGGCCAACGCUCAACAUGCUCAUCAAGAUCAUCGGCAACUCAGUGGGGGCACUGGGCAACCUGACGCUGGUGCUGGCCAUCAUCGUGUUCAUCUUCGCAGUGGUGGGCAUGCAGCUGUUCGGCAAGAGCUACAAGGAGUGCGUGUGUAAGAUCGCCUCAGACUGCAGCCUGCCUCGCUGGCACAUGCACGAUUUCUUCCACUCCUUCCUCAUCAUCUUCCGAAUCCUGUGUGGGGAGUGGAUCGAGACCAUGUGGGACUGCAUGGAGGUGGCUGGCCAGCCCAUGUGCCUCACCGUCUUCCUCAUGGUCAUGGUCAUCGGCAACCUGGUGGUCCUGAACUUGUUCCUGGCCCUCCUGCUGAGCUCCUUCAGUGCCGACAGCCUGGCAGCCUCAGAUGAGGAUGGCGAGAUGAACAACCUGCAGAUUGCCAUCGGGCGCAUCAAGUGGGGCAUCGGCUUUGCUAAGGCCUUCCUCUUGGGGCUGCUGCAUGGCAAAAUCCUGACGCCCAAGGAGAUAAUGCUCACCCUUGGGGAGCCCGGGGGUUCCGGGGAGGCUGGAGAGGUUGGGGACAGUGCCCCCAAGGACAAAAAGAAGGAACCCCCCCCUGAGGAAGAGGACAAGGACCUGAAGGACAAUCACAUCCUGAACCAUGUGGGCCUGCCUCACGGCCCUCCCUCCAGCAUUGAGCUGGACCACCUCAAUUUCAUCAACAACCCCUACCUGACCAUCCAGGUGCCCAUCGCCUCCGAGGAGUCCGACCUAGAGAUGCCAACUGAGGAGGAAACUGACACAUUCUCUGAGCCCGAGGAUGUCAAGAAACUGCCGCAGCCCCUCUACGAUGGGAACUCCUCCGUCUGCAGCACAGCUGACUACAAGCCCCCAGAGGAGGACCCCGAGGAGCAGGCUGAGGAGAACCCCGAGGGAGAGCAGCCUGAGGAGUGCUUCACAGAACCCUGUGUGCAGCGCUUCCCCUGCCUCUAUGUGGACAUCUCUCAGGACCGUGGGAAGAUGUGGUGGACUCUUCGCAGGGCCUGCUUCAAGAUUGUUGAGCACAACUGGUUCGAGACCUUCAUUGUCUUCAUGAUCCUGCUUAGCAGUGGGGCCCUGGCCUUUGAAGAUAUCUAUAUCGAGCAGCGGCCAGUCAUCCGCACCAUCCUAGAAUACGCUGACAAGAUCUUCACUUACAUUUUCAUCAUGGAGAUGCUGCUCAAAUGGGUGGCAUAUGGCUUCAAAGUGUACUUCACCAACGCCUGGUGCUGGCUCGACUUCCUCAUCGUAGAUGUCUCCAUCAUCAGCCUGGUAGCAAACUGGCUGGGCUACUCAGAGCUGGGACCCAUCAAAUCCCUGAGAACACUUCGGGCCCUUCGUCCCCUGAGGGCACUGUCUCGAUUCGAGGGCAUGAGGGUGGUGGUGAAUGCCCUCCUGGGAGCCAUCCCCUCCAUCAUGAAUGUGCUGCUUGUCUGCCUCAUCUUCUGGCUCAUCUUCAGCAUAAUGGGCGUCAACUUGUUUGCUGGGAAGUUCUACCACUGCAUCAACACUACCACCUCUGAGAGGUUCGAUAUCUCUGAGGUCAACAACAAGUCCGAGUGUGAGAGCCUCAUGCACACAGGCCAGGUCCGCUGGCUCAACGUCAAGGUCAACUAUGACAACGUGGGUCUAGGCUACCUCUCCCUCCUCCAGGUGGCCACCUUCAAGGGUUGGAUGGAUAUCAUGUAUGCAGCAGUGGACUCCCGGGAGCAGGCGGACCAGCCGCAGUACGAGGUGAACCUCUACAUGUAUCUGUACUUUGUCAUCUUCAUCAUCUUUGGGUCCUUCUUCACGCUCAACCUCUUCAUCGGUGUCAUCAUCGACAACUUCAACCAGCAGAAGAAGAAGUUCGGAGGGAAAGACAUCUUCAUGACAGAGGAACAGAAGAAAUACUACAAUGCCAUGAAGAAGCUUGGCUCCAAGAAGCCCCAGAAGCCGAUUCCACGGCCCCAGAACAAGAUCCAAGGCUUGGUGUAUGACUUCGUGACAAAACAGGUAUUUGACAUCACCAUCAUGAUCCUCAUCUGCCUCAACAUGGUCACCAUGAUGGUGGAGACGGAUGACCAGAGCCAGCUCAAGGUGGACAUCCUGUACAACAUCAACAUGAUCUUCAUCAUCAUCUUCACGGGGGAGUGUGUGCUCAAGAUGUUUGCCCUGCGCCAGUACUAUUUCACCAUUGGCUGGAACAUCUUUGACUUUGUGGUUGUCAUCCUGUCCAUUGUGGGCCUUGCACUCUCUGAGCUGAUCCAGAAAUACUUCGUGUCACCCACACUGUUCCGUGUGAUCCGCUUGGCACGGAUCGGGCGUGUCCUGCGGCUGAUCCGUGGGGCCAAGGGCAUCCGGACGCUGCUCUUCGCCCUCAUGAUGUCACUGCCCGCCCUCUUCAACAUCGGCCUCCUCCUCUUCCUGGUCAUGUUUAUCUAUUCCAUCUUCGGCAUGUCCAACUUUGCCUAUGUGAAGAAAGAAUCGGGCAUUGAUGACAUGUUCAACUUUGAGACCUUUGGCAACAGUAUCAUCUGCCUCUUUGAGAUCACCACAUCAGCUGGCUGGGAUGGGCUUCUGAACCCCAUCCUCAACAGUGGGCCCCCAGAUUGUGACCCCACACUAGAGAACCCUGGUACCCAUAUCAAGGGCAACUGCGGUAACCCAUCCAUUGGUAUCUGCUUCUUCUGCAGCUACAUCAUCAUCUCCUUCCUCAUUGUGGUCAACAUGUACAUUGCCAUUAUCCUGGAGAACUUCAAUGUGGCAACUGAGGAGAGCAGUGAGCCCCUUGGUGAGGAUGACUUUGAGAUGUUCUAUGAAACAUGGGAGAAAUUCGACCCUGAUGCCACACAGUUCAUUGAAUACAGCCGCCUCUCUGACUUUGUGGACACCCUGCAGGAGCCACUGAAGAUCGCCAAGCCCAACAAAAUCAAACUCAUCACUCUGGACCUGCCCAUGGUGCCAGGGGACAAGAUCCACUGUCUGGACAUCCUCUUUGCCCUGACUAAAGAGGUGCUGGGUGACUCUGGGGAGAUGGAUGCCCUCAAGCAGACCAUGGAGGAGAAGUUCAUGGCUGCCAACCCCUCUAAGGUCUCCUAUGAGCCCAUCACCACCACCCUGAAAAGGAAACACGAGGAGGUGUGUGCCAUCAAGAUCCAGAGGGCCUACCGCCGGCACCUGCUGCAGCGCUCUGUAAAGCAGGCAUCCUACAUGUACCGCCACAGCCAGGACGGCAGUGGGGACGGGGCCCCUGAGAAGGAGGGGCUGAUCGCCAAUGCCAUGAGCCAGAUGUAUGGCCCGGAGAACGGGAAGACCAGUGUACAGGUCCAGGGGCAGAAGGAGGGCUCCACGGGGGACACCGGAUCUGCCAUAGGGCUCACGCCCAUCAGCCCCUCAGACGCUACCCUGCCUCCCUCCCCAUCACCAGGGCAGACAGUGCGCCCAGGGGUCAAAGAGUCUCUUGUGUAGCAGGCAGAUUACAAGAUGGCUAGUUGAGCCUCAGCACAGUGCCUGCACACUGAGUGAGGGAGCGGGCCUUUGAGUCUGGGACUGCAUCCAGCUCCUUUGUCGGGGACAGGACUUGGCCAUGGUGGGUCUGACACCCAGGCCUUGAGAAAUGGGAAUCGAACUCAGGGACCCAAGCUGGGCUGAAGCCCCUGCCUCUGUGAUUUCAUUUUCAAGUUGCUCUUACCUCCUCAUGAGUUCUGCUGCCCCUCCUUUUGGCCUGAGGGAGGUCAGAACGUCAGGAACUCUGCCCCCUUCAUGGGAUUGAGCCAGCCUACAAUGGGGGGACUGGCUGCCCUCCUGUCCCCAGAGUCUUAAGGGUUACUAGCCUCUCCCCAGCAAGUGGCCCACAGGCCCCCAGUUCCAGGCCAGAUAUCUUCACCUCAGUGAGUGCAGAUACCUGAGCUCAGGACUCAGCCAGCUCUCCCCCUCCCACUCUGGGGUGCUGCUUCCCCUACCAGCCCGGGAAUUCUCUGGAAAAGGAAAAUGUUACUGAUCCAGAAAUAACUCCACAAACUUGAUUGGCCACUGGAUCUUGAUGCACUGGGCUGGGGUUGAUUCCUGAAAGCUUUUCCUGGGCCACGUCCAGGAUGAUAGUUAGCUCCCCUGACUGAUCCCUAGCAGAGGAACAGAAGGAAGGAGUCCACUGGAAGUUACCUUUUUGAUGAAGCAUGGAUGGGAAGUACGAGUCCUGCCAGCUGCAUGGCUGCCCUCAGCCUGAGUAUCCAGACCUGGGUGGGAGCAGGGAUGCUGAAUGAAAAGAUCCUGUUCCUUCCCUUUCUUCUCUCCUCUUGCCUUCAUUAAACCACCAGUAGCCUCAUCUGCCCUCAGAGAUCUCUCCCUUCUCAUAUUUUCCCUUGCCUAUCUCUUUGUCCCUGUGCAUCCUUUUCGCUUUCUUUAAAGUGACCCUGAGAAUGUUAUAGUGGAGCUCACGUGACGUACUCACACUGGGGCAUGCAGUAGAGAAGGCUCGCCUGGUUUGAGCUCAACCUUCCAACUUCCUGCUGCCUGGAACUGCUGAUCUGGACAUGGUGGCAUCAGUCUUUGCUGGCUGCUGGAGAACAGAGGCCAAGCUGGGGGGUGUGAGAGUCCUCCUGAGGGGCCUGUGGGUUCUGUCACCUGUGUGUGUGGCUGUGUGUCUGCUUGUAGGCCUGAGAGGGUAACUGUGUAUGUUCAAGUUCGUGCUGUGUGUUUGAACCAUUGUACAGCAGUGUCUGCAAAAGUCUGUACAUCUGGGUAUGGUUUUUUUAUGAUGGUAUUCACAUACAUUUUAUUUAUACACUUUUAAUGAUUUCAUUGCCAUACACACAUUAUUUUUCUUAACUUUAUUUUAUCUUAUUUUUGGUAGUGGAGCUCAAACUCGCGACCUUGUGCUUGUGCGGCAGGCGCUGGAACCACUGAGCUAAAUCCCUGGCCCUUAACUUUAUUUUUACAUUAAGUCAGUAUCUGUCAUGCAGCCAUCAAAAACCUUACAGUAAAUUACACAGGUUUAUAGUCCAAUUUCGACUGUAGCUUCUUAGAAUCAGCCACUUUUCUGACUGCUUUCAUGAAGUCUUCCUGAACUACAAAAUCAUGAUCAGCACGAAUUGCAAACAUACCUGCUUCAGUACAAACAUUUCUCAGGUCUGCUCCAUUAAACCUAUCUAAAAGUUUCACAACUGCUUCCGAAUCUAUUUCACCAUGCUUCAUAAUGGGACCUGCAUGGAUUUUCAAUAUAUCUAAUCUUGCUUGUUCAUUUGGUAAAUCAAUAUGUAUUUUUCUAUCUAAUCUUCCUGGACAUAGCAAUGCAGGAUCCAGUGUAUCUGGUCUGUUUGUAGCCAUGAUGAUUUUAACUCUAUGCAGAGUGUCAAAUCCAUCCAUCGGACUCAGUAACUCCAUUAAAGUUCUCUGAAUCUCUCUGUCAGCUGAAGCACCCUCAGCAAACCGACGACCACCAAUAGCACCUAUUUCAUCCAUAAAAAUGAUGCACGGCUGAUGGUCCCUUGCAGAAUUAAACAUUUCUCUAAUCAAAGGAGCACUUUCACCAAUGUACUUGUCUACAAUAGUACUAGAUACAACCUUUAAGAAAUUGCAGUCUAGCUGGCUAGCAACAGCUCAUGCCAAGGGUGUUUUUCCUGUGCCUCUCUUAAUUCCCGAAUCUGUUCUGAUUGCCCUCCAAUCUCAGAAUAAGAAACAUUCCCAGGGUCCUCAUGAGACAUGUUGUAAACCAAUGGAUCCACCUCUUUUGACAAAUAUCUCAUGAUAGUGAAUGUAGUCAUAUCCAAAGCAACUCUUGUUCCUGGCUUUAGCUUACUUUUGUCAAUCUGUCAAUGACAACCCACAACCUAUCUUGGUCCAUUUGUAGUUUUAACAAUGAAUUUUUCUUCAGUUAAUUGUUUAAGCACUUCACCCACAGUCUGCCCAACACUUUGUAGGCCCUUCAGAUCAUUUUCAGACUUUUCAUACUGCUUGGUAAGUUCUUUUAAUUGUUCCCUUAACCCCUUCAGAUGGCCCUCGAUCUCCUUGUGCUCCAACCAGAUAUGUUUGUGUCUGUGUGUGUCAGUGUGCCCUGGAAUGCCUGAAGUCCAUGUGAGUGCACCUGCUGUGUGUGUGUGUGUGUGUGUGUGUGUGUUCGUGUUCUGUGCCAGCCUGUUCAUGUGAUUGCACCAGUGUCUGAGAGAGUAGACCUGUUCCCUGAGGGUGUGAGUGAUUGUGACAUGGGUGUUUGUGCUUUGAGUCCCCUGCUGACCUAAGUUCCUCUUCUCUUUUUUCUUGUUUCUCAUGAACAGUUUGAUUAAAACUCAGGAAGCAGCAAAACCCUCAAAACAAGAUAUGUGUGUGCACGUGUGUGAAUGUGUCCACACACACACACACACACGCCCAUGGGCCAGAGUCUUCCUUGUUAUCUGCCCUAUUCUCUUGCCCCUCCAGGUCUUGCCUGGGUAACCCUCUCCUUCUCUCCCCACAAGCUUCUCUCUUCCCAUUCCUGUUUCUUGUCAUCAUACCAAUGGCCUCGCCCUGCUCCCUGUCUCCUGCCUAUGGAAGGAGGCCUCCACUCCUUCCAUCUCUUCCUGCCAUGACUCUGCCUCUCCCUUCAAAAGGUACCUGCCAUAGGGGGUGAGCCUCCCCCUUCCCAGCACCCUGUCCCUCUGCCUUUCCUUCAUGGGCCUCAGACUGGUGAGGCCCCCAGAGCCUUGAGAAUCUGUUGGAUUGAAUGUCCUUUGUCCAUUGCAGAGGAAGAGCAGAUGGGCAGGGCCUGGCCUCUCCCUGCCUGUGGCGCUCUUCCCUGCAGACUGACACCCAUUCCCACCUUAUCCAGGUGGUAACCAGCCUGGAGCCAGGCUGGAAGAUGAGCUUCUUUGUAUAGUUCUUACAAUAAACCCUUCCCUGGUGCCUCA